AUGGAAGUGGAGGUGAAGGGCGCAGCCCACUGCAGCUUCGCCAGCUGCCGUCAGUUGGACUUUCUUCCCUUCAAAUGCGACGCCUGCCAAGGGAUCUUUUGCCAGGAGCACUUUGCCUAUGCCAGCCAUAACUGCCAAAGGGCACACAGCAGCUCUGUACAGGUCCUCAUAUGCCCCAUGUGCGACUGCACAGUGCGCAUGCGGGCUGACGAGGACCCCAACAUCACCUGGGAGCGGCACUUUAACCAGGGCUGUAAGCAGCGGCUGCCGUCGAAGACGGGACCCAGGCGCUGCCCAGUGGCCGGCUGUAAGGAGAAGCUCGGACCUUCGAACAAGUUCGACUGCCCGCGCUGUAAUCAGACGGUCUGCCUGAAACACCGCUUCGAGGAUGCACACGACUGCAGGCCCCCGGCACCACCGGGGCGCGGCCGCCCAGCAGCGGCAGCAUCCGCGGCGGCGUCGGCGCCGGCGCCGGCGUCCGCAGCCAUGAAUCCGCCCUCUGCCGGGAAGAAGAAGAAGAAAAGCCUGGGACAGCGGAUUGGGGCCGUGUUCGCAUGCUUCAAGGGUGAUUCCUCCAAGCAGGGCUUGCUCCAGCACCGCAGGUAA